UCGAGAAUACUGCGACACUUCCGGUGCAUGGUGUUUUUUUCCCCCUAGCAUUUCGCGUUCAGUUGGCUUUUAAUUUUUUGAAUAUAAAGUUCACGCUCCACGGCAUAAUAAUUGUCAGGAGGGUUGUUUAUUGCUUUUGUUGAAAGGGAGAAAACCAGCACCUCGUCAAGAUGCCACGAAUUAUGAUAAAAGGAGGCGUUUGGCGGAACACUGAGGAUGAGAUCCUCAAGGCGGCGGUGAUGAAAUAUGGGAAAAAUCAGUGGUCACGUAUCGCCUCCCUGCUCCAUCGCAAGUCUGCCAAACAGUGCAAAGCCCGAUGGUAUGAGUGGCUGGAUCCCAGUAUCAAAAAGACAGAAUGGUCCAGAGAGGAGGAGGAGAAACUUCUUCACUUGGCCAAGCUGAUGCCCACUCAGUGGAGAACCAUCGCUCCGAUCAUUGGGCGUACUGCUGCCCAGUGUCUGGAGCAUUAUGAAUACCUACUAGACAAAGCAGCCCAGAGAGAAAAUGAGGAAGAGGUGGGAGAUGAUCCCAGGAAGUUAAAACCAGGAGAGAUUGAUCCUAAUCCUGAGACUAAACCUGCCAGGCCCGACCCUGUGGACAUGGAUGAAGAUGAGUUGGAGAUGCUGUCAGAAGCCAGAGCUCGUUUGGCCAACACACAGGGCAAAAAAGCCAAGAGAAAAGCCAGAGAGAAACAGCUGGAGGAAGCCAGGCGAUUGGCUGCUCUGCAGAAACGCAGAGAGCUCAGAGCUGCAGGAAUCGAUGUGCAGAAGAAGAGGAAGAAGAAGAGAGGAGUGGACUACAAUGCUGAAAUCCCCUUUGAAAAGAAACCUGCAGCGGGUUUCUAUGACACCAGCAUGGAGCAGUAUGAUGCUCUGGAACCAAACUUCAAACGGCUCAGACAGCAGCACCUGGAUGGAGAACUCCGCAGUGAGCGCGAGGAGAGGGAUAGGAAGAAGGAUAAACAGAAGAUUAAGAAGAAGAAAGAGAGCGAUCUCCCGUCCGCCAUCCUGCAGACCAGCGGAGUGGCCGAGUUCACCAAGAAACGCUCCAAACUGGUCUUACCUGCACCACAGAUCAGUGAUGCUGAGUUAGAGGAAGUGGUCAAAAUGGGCGUGGCCAGCGAGGUCGCUCGUCAAGCAGCUGAGGAGAGUGAAGGUGGUAACUUGGCCUCUUCAACCCUGCUGUCUGAGUACAGCGUCACCAACAACAUGACAACAGGACUGAGGACUCCACGCACUCCUGCUGCCCAGGACAGGAUACUGCAGGAAGCACAGAACCUGAUGGCUCUGACCAACAUCGACACGCCCCUGAAAGGAGGCCUCAACACCCCGCUGCACGAGAGCGACUUCAGUGGAGUGACUCCUCAGCGGCAGCAGAUUCAGACUCCCAACACUGUUCUCAGUACACCGUUCAGAAGUCCUGGACCAGGUCAGGCCUCAGAUGGGAUGACACCUCUAGCAGGCGGAAUGACCCCUCGUGGUACUCCAGGGUUGACCCCUGGGCGCACGCCACUGAGGGACAAACUGAACAUUAACACAGAAGACCAGCUGGCUGACCCUGCGUAUGCCAAACAUGUGCAAAAGGAAAGCCUGCAGCAGCUGAGACAAGGCCUAAUGUCACUUCCUGUCCCUAAGAACGACUUUGAGAUUGUUCUUCCUGAAAACGCAGAGAAAGAACUGGAAGAGACGGAGAUGGAGAGUGGAUUCAUAGAGGACUCUGCAGACAUAGAGGCACGCAAACAGACUCAACGGGAUACAGAAAGGGAGAAGGAGCUGAAACUUCGACACACAGCUGUUCAGAGGAAUCUUCCCAGACCUACUGAGGUAAAUGAGUCAGUGCUGCGCCCUGCCUCCAUGGAGCCGCUCACUGACCUCCAAAUAGCUGAGGAGCUCAUCAAACAGGAAAUGAUCACUAUGUUGCAUCACGACUGCAUGCACCAUCCCUCAGCUAACGCAACCAAUCAGCUGCAGCGCCUCAAAACUAAAGGUCCCACGUCUACGUCCAACAACGCCUCACACAUCUCUUACCUGGAAACGCACCCCUACAAGCCAGUCAGCACGGAGGAGAUGCACCAGGCGAAGACAAUACUGACAGCAGAAAUGGAGGUGGUUAAGGUGGGAAUGGGCCAUGGAGAUCUCAGCAUGGAGGCCUACACCCAGGUGUGGGAGGAAUGCUACGGACAGGUGCUGUAUCUAGCGGGUCAGAACAGGUACACACGAGCUAAUCUGGCAUCAAAGAAGGAUCGAAUCGAAAGUCUGGAGAAGAAACUAGAGCUGAACCGUGGCCACAUGACAGCAGAGGCCCGGAGAGCAGCUAAACUGGAGAAGAAACUUAAAAUUCUGCUGGGAGGUUUCCAGUCCAGAGCGCUGGGGCUCCUGAAGCAACACAAUGAACUCUGGGAACAGGUGGAGCAAGCAGCCACUGAGCUGCAGACUUUCAAUCAGCUGAAGCAACAGGAGGACAUGGCCAUUCCCAGGAGACAAGCGGCUCUGCGGGAGGAUGUGGACAGGCAGAUGGAGAGGGAGAAGGAACUUCAGCAGAGAUAUGGAGAGCUGAUGAUGGAGAGGGAGUCUCUGCUCAGCAGUACUCAGAAAUUUUAAGCAACACAUUCAUUCUGAAACAAAUCAGAGAAACUCUGAUAUCCAGCUGACAGCUGCAACGUUUACUGCCCAGUAACCUUCCAGAUAGAUCGUAUUGAUCGAUGUUUUUUUUUUCCCGAUCAUUACUUCUAACUUCUACGAUGCUCUGCCUCUAUGUGCUGAUGUUGCUGUGAAUGCCACAAGCUGUGUUUUGAGCCUGCUUAAUAGACCUUGUUUCUGUACUAUUGACCAAUAAAAUUUUCCAUCAAUGACAA